CGCCUGGGUUCUCCCUCCGUCAUCGGAUCCAGGGAGAGAGAGAGGGAGCAGUAAUGGCGGCCGGUUAGAGCCACACACAAACACCGCGUCCCGCAAUCAGCCGCACUCACCGCAGCCCUCCGGGGGGCAGCCAGCCUCACACACCGCGGCGGAGCCAGCGCGACAGACACGGAGCGGAGACACGGGCUUUAGGGGGGGGACGGGAAUCCUCAUAGCGGACCGUUGCUGCCUGGGACUUUCCUUCUACUUUUCUAAAAAAAAAAAAAAGAAAAAAAAAAAAAACAUGGAUGAGCACCCCGGCGGAGGAGGGGUCGGAGCGGCCGCCCCGAGACAGCCUCCACCGCCGCAGCAGCAGCAGCAAGGGAGCAACAGCAACGCUAAUCCGCCGAUCGGAGGUGUAGGAGGCGGUGGAGCCGGAGGAGUCAUGGUGCCGCACCAGCCGGACGAGCUGCCCCGGCCGCAGCAGCAGUACACUAUCCCCGGCAUCCUGCACUACAUCCAGCACGAGUGGGCCCGGUUCGAGAUGGAGAGGGCGCACUGGGAAGUGGAGAGGGCCGAGCUCCAGGCGAGGAUAGCGUUCCUGCAGGGGGAGAGGAAAGGUCAGGAGAACCUGAAGAACGACCUGGUUAGAAGAAUAAAAAUGUUAGAAUACGCUUUAAAACAGGAAAGAGCAAAAUACCACAAGUUAAAAUAUGGGACGGAGUUAAACCAAGGGGAGAUGAAGAUGCCAAGCUUUGAAUCAGACACCAAAGACUCAGAGGUCUCUGCUGUUCCUGCCAACAGUCAGCUCACCUGGAAACAAGGAAGACAACUACUCAGACAGUACCUGCAGGAAGUAGGAUACACAGACACCAUCCUGGACGUUCGUACUCAGAGGGUUCGCUCUCUGCUCGGCCUGUCGGGCUCCGAGCAGAACGGAUCUGUGGAGAACAAGAACCUGCAGCACCUGAUCAACGGGACAGAGCGCCGCAAGGACAGCAAGAGGAGUCCAGGAGACGUUCUGGAGACAUUCAACUUCCUGGAGAACGCAGAGGACAGCGACGAAGACGAGGAUGAGGAGGGAGACCUGAUGGACGACAUCAGCACCGACAAACACCACCGAGCCAAGAAACACAAGACCAAGGUGGGGAACGAGGGCUUGGCGUCAGAGGACGACGCCGACACGGAGGAGGCUCUGAAGGAGUUUGACUUCCUGGUGACGGCGGAGGAUGGCGAGGGAGCAGGCGAGGCUCGGAGCUCCGGAGACGGGACAGAGUGGGCGGAGCCUCUUCCGUUUCCUCCUGGUGGGGGGAAGUCCUUCCUGCUGGGGGGUUCAGACGACGUGUUGGAGAGCGUGCUGGGUUUGGGCGACCUCGCUGACCUCACCGUCACCAACGACGAAACAGACUACAGCUACGAUCUGCCGUCCAGUAAGGAGUCUUCGUUCAGGAAGACAUGGAACCCCAAGUACACGCUGCGGAGCCACUUUGACGGCGUCCGAGCGUUGGCCUUCCACCCUGUGGAGCCCUGUCUGGUCACCGUGUCCGAGGACCACACCCUCAAACUGUGGAACCUUACCAAGACCGUCCCUGCCAAAAAAAGUGCCUCUUUUGAUGUGGAGCCAGUCUAUACAUUCAGAGCCCAUGUUGGUCCAGUGUUGUCGUUGGCCAUGACGUCCAGUGGUGAACAGUGUUUCAGUGGAGGCAUUGACUCGACCAUCCAGUGGUGGAACAUCCCCAGCUCUAAUGUCGACCCCUACGAUACCUACGAUCCCAGCGUCCUGGCGGGGUCAUGGUUGGGGCACACAGAUGCUGUGUGGGGAUUGGCUUACAGCGGCAUCAAGAACCGCCUCCUGUCCUGCUCAGCCGACGGAACGGUGAAACUGUGGAACCCGACGGAGAAGAACCCCUGCAUCAGCACUUUCAACACAAACAAGGAGCACGGGGUCCCCACAUCGGUGGACUUUAACGGGUGUGACCCCGCCCACAUGGUGGCGUCGUUUAACACCGGAGACGUGGUGGUGUAUGACCUGGAGACCUCCCAGAAUGCACUGGUGCUGAAGGGGCAGGGAGAAGGCACCCUCCCGGGGUCGAAUCAUAUCAACAAGGUGGUCAGUCAUCCCACGUUGCCGGUCACCAUCACGGCUCAUGAAGACAGACACAUCAAAUUCUACGAUAACAAGUCAGGUAAAGUGAUCCAUGCCAUGGUAGCUCACCUGGACGCAGUCACCAGUCUGGCUGUGGAUCCUAAUGGCAUCUACCUGAUGUCUGGAAGUCACGACUGCUCCCUUCGUCUGUGGAACCUGGACAGUAAAACGUGCGUUCAGGAGAUCACAGCUCAUCGUAAGAAGAGCGAGGAGGCCAUCUACGACGUGGCCUUCCACCCCUCCAAGGCCUACAUCGCCUCCGCCGGAGCCGACGCCCUCGCCAGGGUCUACGUGUAGAUGAGGAGGAGGAGGAGGAGGAGGAGAAGAGGAAGACCGUGGUGCGAGAGACACAGACUGACAGAGAUGAAGAGAUAAAGAGAGUCAGGCUCGUCUGUUCACACACAAACAGUAUUCAGGUCUGUUCAGGUCUCUGAACACAGAUUAUAUAUUAAUGAGAGACUGAUGAGGUGAGUGCACCUCCAUCAGACGGCUGAACACACACACUCACUCACACACACACACACACGCACACACAGUUUAAGUUAAGAGGUGCCGUCUCCCUCCGACUGACUGAAGGGACUGAGAGACGUUCAGCAGCAGAAACGUUGUGGAAACGUUGUUUAAACCCUGCAGGUCGACACUGAGCAGCUCACCUGUCCUGUGAUGUCAUCUCUCCCGGUCUGCAGAGUCACGAUGACACUACAUGAACCCCCGUCCCCUCCCCCUCCCCUCGUGUUAACACUAGUCUGACCUCCUGACCCUCAGACAGCAGGAGCAGAGAUAUACUUAAAGGAAAAAUCCCCCCGAGUCGUCUCUCUGUGACGUUCUGCGCUCACUUGUUUCUUCUUCUUCUUCUUCUGUGGACAACAGUGACGUCACAUCCAGGUGUUUCAGUUCGAGGUUUGACAUCAGAGACAGUUUGAGGUUUUUGUGUCUGAGCCUCAGACUCAGAGCCAGAUCUUCGUUCUGUCUUUGCACCAAGACAUCACCUCCGUAUCAGAGUCCUGCCUUUUCUCUCUGGUGUGUUCACUGACCUUCGUGUAAUCUGCUCAUCGACACUGACGGUUCACAUCUGAUGUAAAACUCCAAGUUUUUGGUCUUUAUUUGAUGGCGAGAUGAAACUGAGGGACCCAACAAAAGUCCUCGCUGGACUCAGGGACGCUGUCGUCCAUGGCCAGUGUCUUGUCCUCGUGAGGUCGGCGGUGCUGCAGUGAGGACCUGCACGAUUAUUAGCAGCAUGAACGGUUAAUUCAGAGGAAGUUAUUCAAACCAUCCGCUCAUCACAUGACUCUUUGCACUUUGUCAACAGUCAGUGCAUGAAAACCUGUUACAUCCAGCGUCAGCUGUUUGUUGGCGCUUCUUUUUGUGUCAUAUGACGUAUCCUAGCUAUCAAAACUUCAAGAUGACAUUUUUUCAUGCUCACAAUUACCUGUCUGAGUUUUAUCACCUGAAUGCAACGUUACCUCACAGUAAUUCAAAUUACACUGCCAUAACUUCUGGGGUCCGAACAGAGAAAAGCCCGCUUUCAUUUUUGACGUCUUGUGUUUUUUUUCCCCCAAAAUUUCUUAGAAACGCUGCUACAACAGUCAAACUUUAACAUCCACAGAGGAACUGGUGCUUUUGUCACUGAGCACUGACAUGUUGCUGCUGCAGUUCCUCCUCCAUUAACGAAGAUUUAAAUAUCUGUUUUAAAGGUGCAGAAGGUGCGCUGACGCCUGCUGAAACUUGUAGUGUUUCUGUCUGUCGCUGCUGUUAGACUUCACCUCGAUACACAGGUAAAACUACAGGAAAUGAGUAUUAAGUCACACCGAGAAGCAUCAGCCAGAAGAACGACACUUUACAGUGUAAUCACUGAAACGUGUUGCUGAACAGCAGAAGAAGAAGAUCUGAGGGGGAUUUUUCCUUUAAAGCGUCUCCAGCUGCAGCAGAGAGAAGAGGAAGCUGCUUGUAACCAAGGAACAGAACGUUUGGUGUUUUAACCCGUCGAGGUUUUGUUGUAUUUAAGUUUUUAAUUUUAAAUUCUGCAGUUAAGCGUCAAGAAAAAAUGACUUUUUACAGUGUUUUAGGAGGAUUAAAUAAUUAAGAGGUUAAAAUAUAUCAGAGUUAAAGAAACUGAACAUCACGUGUCGGUUUUGUUUCUAAACACGUCAUGAACGACCACGUUGGGUUAAAAAUCAGCUUUUCUGUUUCUCUCUGACGAGGUGUGAGCUGAUUGGAUGUCUGUCCUGAUGGGAACAGAGGAUUGGUUAAUACAUCCCCCACCUCAGCCCCUGGCGGGCCCAACAGAGCCCUGCGUUUAAACCACGGAGCGAAGGAUUCAGGCGUCGGCGUUACUGUAGUUACGUAUGGACGUUUUCUGUUUGUGUAAAAUAAAUCUAGUUUUUAUAAUCGUUUUUAUAAACGUGGAAACGUCUCGUUAACGGCACCGAGGAGGAUUCUGGGUCCUCACUCCCGUCCAGUCCUGCCAUCAACCUCCAUCUCAGUGGAGGUGUCACGUCAUGUAGAAAGUAAAGGAGAGUAGUACGGAAGCCCAUUGCUGCCAGUGUGAUGGGAAAAAAAAGAUCCUGGAAGUUAAUAUAGUGAGAGAAUUUAUUUAAAUGUCCCCAUGAUACGAUAUUAUCAUGAUGCUAAAGUCACAUGUUGAGUAUUGUGAUAAGAUAUAUUGCGAUUUAUUCGCUUUUUUCAACUGUAAAUUCAACUGUCGAUAUUUUUCCUCCACCUUAACAAAAUGACUUAAUAUCUCAAGUAUAUCUAAAGUAUCUCAAAAUGACUUAGUAUCUUAAAAAUAUCGACCUAAUGUCUCAAAUUAAUGACUUUACAAAAAAAUUAUCUCAAAAAAUUGACUUAGUAUCUUUUAAUGACUUCCCAAAAUAAUGACUUAAAUUCAGAAAAAAUAUAAUGAUAAAGAAUGAUCUCAAGAUAAUGAUUUAGUAUCUCAAAAACAUGCCUUACCAAAUAAAUGAUGUGAUUUUUCAAAAUGACUCAGUAUCCUGAAAUAAUGACUUAUUGUCUCAAAGUAAUUACUGACCAAUAUCUCGAAAUAAUGACUUAGUAUCUCAAAUUAAUGACUCACUCUCAAAAUGCUGACUUAACAAAAAUAAUGACUUAGUAUUUCAAAAUAAAGACUUAGUAUCUUGAAAUAAAGACUUAGCUUCUCAAAAUAAUGACUUAGCUUCUCAAAAUAGUUACUUACUGUCUCAAAAUGCCAACUUAACAAAAUAAUGACUCACAAAAAUAAAGACUAAGUAUCUUCAAAUAAUGACGUAAUUUCGCUAAAUUACUACAUCUUGUUUUGUAUUGCAUCAUAAUUAUUUAGUUUAUCAAAACAGUGACUUAGUAUCUGAAAAUAAUGACAUAGUCUCACAAAAUGACGAGAUAUUGCAAAAUAUUGACUUUCCUAUCUCGAAAUAAUGACAGACUUUAUUUUGAGAUACUAAAUUAAUUUUGAUAGCAAGUUUUAAUUUUGAGAAAGUUUCUGAUUAUGUUGCAGUACUCAGUCAUUUUGAGAUAUUACGUCAUUACUUUGUGAAAUCAAGUCAUUUAUUUUCAGUAAGUCCAUUAUUUUGCAAUACUAACUCUUUUUUAGAAAGAUUCUCAGUUAUUAUUUUAAAAUAGGCAAGUCAUUUAUUUUUUAGAUCAACUCAUUAUUUUGAGAGUUUCUCAUUUUAAUAACUCACAGGAUCUUUUUAUUUCCCAUCACAUUCGGGGGAAAGGGCCUCCAUAGCGACGAGAGGGAGGAGCUGCUGAGGAGUGUUGAGACUCGGCCGAGGAAGAUGAGGACCCUACGAGCUCUGUCUGUCUGUCACCACCUGUCCUCACAGACACACAAAGAUUAACGUGUUUUAUUUAUAUAAAAAGAUUCAUCACAACAGAAAUAAGAACUUUCUGUAGAUCUUUUCUAACUUUUUAAACCCCACUAACUUGUGGUAAUUGGCUUUACAAUUGGUACCUGAACGCACCACAGGUCUCUGUAAUCAGACGAUGCUGCUGCAGUAAAAACUGACGACGGUCUCAUGUUGGGAGAAGCUGCAGGUGUGACACCCUCCUCCUCCUCCUCCUCCUCCUCAUAUCACUGUGUGAGUUUUCUCUUCACGUUGAGAUCAUUUGACUUUUUUUUUAUCACAGCUUCAACAAGCGGAAGUUAUUUAUAUCAUUUGUUUUCCUUAUAAGGAAAGAAGUACCUGUUUGAGCUCCAGGAGAAACCGUCCAAACAGACGCUUCCUGGGGCGGGUUUUAAAAACGAACAGCUGCCACCUGAUUGGCUGAACAUUCUGACCUGUUUCGACACACGGCGAGUUUUAUUUCAUCGUUGCGGUUUGUUCUAAUUUAAUUAUUUUUUUGUAACUGAAGGGAUUUGAGCGUCUCCUGAUCGAUCACAAACAAAAUCUUUAUUUUUGUCUUCACCCACGCUACAACUUACUGUGUAACUAAAGACUCUUUUUUUGUUUGUGUAAUGCAUGAUUAAUACAAUAAAAAGUAUUUUUUCUAGUCUUCCAAAAAAUGGAAAAAAAAAGUUCUGAUCAGUUUGCGAGUUUUGAUGAGUUUUGUAAGUUUUUUUUUUUUUUUUUUGUUUUACAAACUAUGAAACAGCAGAUUUUAAAGAUUGUACCACAUAGCAGAAUACAACUGUUGAAAUGUAUAUAAAAUGUCUAUAAUAACUAUUAAAUGGUGUACCUG